AUGUCUCCAAACAGGAAUCGGGGCGGCAGAGCAGGCCGCAAUGCCAACAGGAAUACUGGCAACCCUCGUCGACAGGACAGUUCAUCCCAGCAGCCCUAUCUUAACGCUACAGCUCGUGCUCAAGAACGCCAACAACGCGCAGACGCCCAAAAUGCCCGGAACCAGUACAAUCAGCAGAACUAUCCGAUUCCGCAGCAAGCUCUAGGCUCCCUUCCGUUCAGGCCUGCCCGUGGCGCUACUGCCGCUGCUCCUACUAUUCCCCGACCAACCGGCCCGAAUUUGGCAUCACAGCAGCUGUUGAUGCAACAACAGAUGCUUAAUCAGGGUCAACAGCAGCAGAACGAUGAUCAGUCUAGACAGGUCAAUCCCCAAGUCCAAGGCCAGCCUCUAGCUGCUGUGCAGCAGCCCGGUCCCGCCACAUCCAGAAAGCGACCUUCGGAGGACCCAGGGGACCCUGCGAGGCCUCCAGAGGAGCAUGAUGAGAGAGCAAAAAAAGCCAGGUUGGAAGCAUUGCAGAGGACUCAAGCGGCAAACAAGCGUGCCCACGACUUCCGUCUCCAAGCUCACUGCGACAAGGCAGACUUCUACAGAAGGGGCAAGGGCGAUGAAUGGAAAGCGGUUGAUCGGAGGGCAAUAUUCACUGCGCGGCCUCCCGGUAGUGUGCCUGUGACCGAAAAGCUUCUAACUCUCCAGUCCAUGCAAGAUCGCCGAACCCAGACCAUCUCUCAGAUGAUAGCAAAGGAUAAAAAGUACGCAGUGUUUUAUCGUCGUGGCGAGUAUCUGGCUCAUCAAUACGGCAACCGCCUCCCAGCAAUCCCCACGAACGAAACGGCGAGAACAGCUAUCAACAGCGGAGCCAAAGACCUCGCGGCUGCUGGGGCGAAAUUUGUUCGUAUCCUGGGACAGGGUGGCUUUGGUAUUGCAGCUCUCUUUGAGCUGAAAAAUGAAACAACAGGGGCUAUCGAACGCAUUGUCGUCAAGUUUAACUCUCGAGAGGGAGGGACUAUUGAGGAGCGUGAAAAGUCAUUUCUGAAGAUCUUCAAGCGCUCCCGUCACAUCGUCCAACUUGCAAGUCUCAAGGAAGUUCACGAGUCGCUCGGUAACAACAAUCUCGACGCGGCAACUUUGCAAGCGAUCAAAGAACGCGAUUCGAGCGACCAAAUGAUAAUCCUCAAACAUUGCAACAGGGGGAAUCUGAAUCAUUUCCUUUGUUUGUCUGCCUUCAAGGGGUCGCAACUAACCAAUAGAGUGCUUUGGAACUUUGUGGAGUGCUUGGGUAGAGGAUGCAUUGCCAUGCGAGCGCCGGUCAGGAUUGCUUCUAACGCAAACGAUUUGUUGCCCGAGGAGGGUCCUUUGAUCACAGAGUCGACCGCACCGGCCCUACGCGGACUGAACUUGGCUCACCUCGAUCUGGACCCUACUAACAUCUUCAUGACUGAUGACCCGGAAGCUCACCCUGAAUUGCCUCAGUUGGUGAUUGCCGAUUUUGGCUUAUCACACUGCAUGUCUUUGCAAUCCCGCUGCCAUGAUUCGCACUCGGUAAUGCUUACCUCGCGAGGCUGUAAGAAAGGCUUUUGGGCACCUGAGCAAUUCACCGAUCAAUGGAAUGAGGUCAAGUCGCUUCCCUUUGCACAGUUCUACAGAAAGGACGGCUCGGGACGUGAACAUCUUAGCCCUCAGCCCGGUUGUGUGGCGGGUGCCAUUGGCUAUUGGACCAACGUAUGGAUGUGCGGUAUGGUUCUAUGGUCAUGCAUCACGCGGCUGCAACCCCUUUCUCCUCUGGUUCCUUCUACCUGCGCGAUCGGCGUACCUCCUCCCAGCGUGUGGUGGCAUUACGGCUAUCCUCUGCUCCACCCUACGGACGAUGGUUUCGGCGACGUGGACCCCGAUCUGAAGGAGCUGGUGUGCAGAAUGCUUGCCCAUGAGCCUUGCAACCGACCUACCCCUGAGGCGAUAGUCGAGACGGCCAUGAAGAAGCUCGAGGCCCUUAGCGAUGACCAGAGUAGUAAAUUGCGAGCCGAGUUCGACAACUGGUUUCGAUAUGUUCAGCCGGAACCCGCGGACCCAAUAUAUACGAAUCCCCAAGAGCCCUUUCCGGCCCCUGUCGCACCUCCGCCUGUGCCUCCGUUCCCCGAGGCUCAGCCGGAUCCGGCAACGCCAGCACCAAUAGUACCAACAGCACCAGCACCGCCGGCCAACCCGUAG